UAAAGUGUUGUUCUUGAAGUUUUGGAAGAAUUCUGUACUCGAGCGUGAAGCCUAGAAAGAAGGACAUUUACAUCAGUAUGGCGUUUUUAUAAACUUUUUAGAAAACUAUAAUGGACCGAGGAUCUUUUUCAUAUUCAUGGAGUGUCUGCACUCUUUUCAAUUUAGCUUUUGUUGGAUAUUUCACAUCAGUUACUUCUCAAACCUGUCCUAAUGUUGGUACCAAAUGGAAAACCAUCACAUCGCCGGGUUGGCCCGAUCCCUAUACCCCAGGGAGUUCCUGUGUGUGGCGACAAGUAGCCGUGAUACCAGGACUUUCAUCUUUUAGCACUACUCUUCGUAUCACAAUCAAACACUGGGACGUUAACCCAGGAGAUGUCAUUGAUAUUUACGAUGGCUAUUACUGCGGGUUUUUCAGUACCUUAAUUAGAACUAUUAGAGUGGAUUUUAAAACUGGUGAUAAAUUCCGAGAUAAUAUUUUCAUAAACGGACACGAGGCAUGUUUGGAGUUCUUUAGAGAUAACAAUGUUCGUGAUAAUAGAGCUAAGGGGUUUCAAAUCGAAGCUAAGGCUCUGCAAAAAUGUGGGGGCAUUUUGAAAGAUGUUUCUGGAGAGAUAGUCUCAGUACGUUACCCAAGGGCAAAAGACUCGUCGAGAUGCCAAUGGAAGAUACUUUCCGGAAAGCCUGGCCAAAGAGUGAAGCUUUUCUUUGAAGACAUAGGAAUGCAGAUAUCUUCGAAAGGAUGUACAAUAGACUAUCUACGAGUGGGACAUGGUGAUUUGGCAACGGAUGCUGGUAUUAGGCAGGAGGACAUUUGCGACAUGGCUCAGACUGAUUCCGGAUCAAUAAUUACGGAUUCCUAUUUUGUGACAUUGCUAUAUAGUAAAACACAGGGAACGAUCACUAAAGGCUUUUGGCUGAAGUUUGAAGUCAUUGGUUGUCCAAUAGCUGAUGCACCACGAGUGGAAAACGUAAUUUCCACUUUCAAAGGAAACUUAUCAGCGUUUUAUGACUUCGGUUUUAACGUUACACUGACAUGUCAAAGUAACUUUACCUCCUCCGCUGGUACGGGAAACAAUGUUACUGUCUCUUGCUUAGGGGACAGAACAUGGAGUUUAUCGGACACGUGCGUUGAAAUCAAAUGUGACAAGUUAAAGUCCCCGGAUGACGGAAAUGUGACUUUUACAUCCGGGGUAUCUCUUGGAAGUGUUGCCACACUGAGCUGUAAUGAUGGGUACACCUUAGAAGGGUCUAACACAAGGACUUGUGUGCAAAAUGGAAUCCAAGGCACGUGGACCGGAAUUCAGGCAAAAUGUUUGAAACAAUGUCCUUCACUGAACAAUGCAGUCAUAAGAAAUGGAGUUUUAAGCACCAAUUCUAGAACGGAAGGAGCAUUAGUAAGAUUGAAUUGCAGCAAAGGUUUCUUUGUGAAUGGAACAUCUACGAUUCAAUGUUUAUCGAAUGGCACUUGGGAUGCAAAUCUUGGAUCAUGUGAAGCCAUUUCAUGCCCAAUUCUAAAUAUAUCAAGAAUAGGCCGUGUGUCGAAUCUUAACACAUCUGUGGGGACCGAAGUAGAAUUGAACUGUGACGACGGAUAUUUCGUAAAUGGCACAUCCUUUGUUAUGUGUUUAUCAAAUGGCACUUGGAAUGGAAGACUUGGAAUUUGUGAAGAGAUAACAUGCCCUACUUUAGAAAAACCAAACAAUGGCAUUUUGUCUAGUUUCAAUAACUCAAUCGGAGCAGAGGUUGAGCUUAUUUGUGAUGAGGGGUUCGACGUCAAUGGGUCCUCAAUUCUUACAUGUCUGUCAAAUGGAACUUGGAAUGAUACAUUAUUUGGAAAAUGCACAGAAAUAACAUGUCCAACUUUAGAAAAACCAAAUAACGGAACGUUGUCCAGUGUCAAUAAUUCAAUCGGAGCAGAAGUCGAGUUAGUUUGUGAUGAGGGGUUCUAUGUAAAUGGUUCCUCCAUUCUCACAUGUCUGUCAAAUGGAACUUGGAAUGAUACAUUAUUUGGAAAAUGCACAGAAAUAACAUGUCCAACUUUAGAAAAACCAAAUAACGGAA